GUUUGAUGUGCGUCAUCAAGCUGAGCCCCGCGCGCGGAUGCCGAAACACCGCAUGAUCAGCCGACGAUGGACCACCUGAUCAGACGGCGGAUUCCUGCAUGUGUGCGGACGUUACUGACUGACGUCACACCAAAAGAGGACGAGCUGAGGGACUGGACAGAACCGGAACCUGAACCUGUAACCAGGGACGGAAUUUCCCUCCCUGUUGGAGAUGCUCCUGAGGCUCUUCUGACUCCGACUGGAACCAGCAGCACAGACGGUGCUGGACCUUCAGCCCGACCAUGCGGACUCUGCUUAUCCAGACCGUCCUGCUAUACCUGUCCCAGGUGCAACGUUCCGUACUGUGGGCUACCAUGCUACCGGAGCCCGGCUCACUCCAUUUGCUCUGAGGAGUUCUAUAAGGAGUGCGUGUUGGAGAAGCUGAAGUGUCAGAGCGAGACAAGAGAGGAGGGAAGGUCUAGAAUGCAGGAGAUCCUCCUGAGGCUGAGGACUAGUGCUGACACCGAUGGAGGGAUGGAGAACCUGCUGAAAGAUCUGGUGGAGGAAACCGGAGGAGGUAUGAAGGAGCAGGACACUGAGAUGCUAGAGCUUCUGUCCAGACUGGCAGAACUUCAGGCAAGUGGUAAGGAGGAGCACAGCGAGGAGAUCCUGGAGAUCCUACAGAAACUCAGAGAGAUUGAGGAAGGAGAUGAGGAGAGCGAUGAUGAGGAUCUGGCUCUGAAGCUUUCAGAUUUGAAUGUAGAUGCUCUAACAGAAGAACAGCUCUGGAACUUGCUGCCGUCCCGAGAUAAGGAGAAGUUUGAGGAGAUGGUGAGGGGAGAUAGUGCUGCAUGUUUGGUGGAACGGUGGAAGCCGUGGUGGGAAAAACAUGAACAAAACACUAAAGUGCUUGUAGAAGAGCUGCAGUCAGGGGAGGAAAGAAAGAGCUACAGUGGAAAUGGAAUGAGGGUUGCUGAGGAUGGAAUGAAGAACGAGAGGGAAAGUGAAGAAAAUCAGACCGAAAAGGUUUCAGAAAUUCAGUGUAAAGACACAAAUGCGACAAAACAACGUCAAGUGACUACGCCUCCCUCACGGUCCAGUCAGAGCCCUGAAAAGCAGAAGAAAACGCCAAAAUUGAGAAACGCUAACAGUGUGAAAGGCUCAAACCCUGCUCCGUCCAUCAGCGCUAAAAUCCCGCCUCUCCACACCAUCUCCUCAAGCCCUUCCCCUUUGGUGCAGUUCAGCGUGGUGAACGCGCUGUACGGCUACACGUUCUCUCUGUGUCGGUUCAACGGGGAUAUCUCGGAGUUGGAGCUGCUGCUGGAGUUCUGCCGAACCGUUCUGGAGACGUCGGAGAGUCUGGGCUCGGCCCGAGUGUUCUCCUCGUUCUCAGAGGCUCUAGAAGGCGCCAUUUCGGCCAGCGGCCUUGACAGAGACAAUCCAGAAGCUCCGGUCCAAACUUUAGAGGCUGUAGCUCACAUCCUGACCGGCCGGAGUAAGGACGACCCGACCGGCUACGUCCUGUCCGCUCUGUCGCAGCUUCGGUCGGUUUUCAGCAAGGCCAGAGCAUCCGUCGCCAGAGAGGAAGGGGAAUGGAGGAGGAAACUGUUUCUGGCAGGGAAGAAGUGCGAGUUCUUCCAGUCGUGGGUGAAGGAGAACGCGGACGCUGUGAGGAGCUCCGCCAACUGGACGUGGAGGGAGUUCAGCAGGAGGCUAGAGGAGAGAGAGACGAUGGAUAGAGAGAGGAGAGGCCUGGAGGAAGGAUGGAGAAAGGGACGGAGGAGAGGGAGAACCCUGAUAGAGGAGAUCGACUGAAAUGGGUUCUAAUGAAAUAAAGCACUUUUCUGUCUUUGGUCUUUUUGAAAAAUGUAUAAUAAUGAUUAUCAUUUUCAUCCUGAUGCCAGAACGUGUUUUAUUAAUUGAAAGAUAUCAGAAUCAUAUCGGUAUUGGCAGGUAUUUGCUUAAAACGAUGAGUAUCGGUCGGAUGUGUAGAUGUGACUGAUAUUUCGGACAGAUAUUUGAUGAUGUGCUUAUUAAUAUUAUUAAUAAAACAAUAUUUGUAGAA